AUGCCCUUGGGCUUGCCAGUCCUGCUAUCUACCUUGCUGUAUAGGAAAACCGCCCCUCAAAUUGUGCUACCCCUUGUUGAACUGAGUGGGUUCCUUGGCACCAAGAUUCACGGACUGAGCACUGAUGUGCAAUGCGAGACUCUCAGUCAACACAGAUCCAUCACAAUGACGCAGUUCCCGACAUAAACGUCAUAUCAUGGCACACUGUCUCUAUAUAAGGGGGUAAUUCCCCUGGGAGGAUUAGAGAGGACAAUUUUUUCCAAAAAGGGACAUUCUGAGGCACCCUAACCCACUAUCUUUGAUCCUUCAUUUGUGAGGUCACUCUGGAAUCGUGACUCCAAUUCAAGCUUCAUUUCAUAC